GUCAACGCUGCCUCCAACCGCAUUGACGCAAGCCGUGAAGGCAUGUGCAAUCUGUGGAAUCAGGGUCGCCAGCCAAACCAUAGAUGUUCCCUCGUGUGGACUGUUCCUGGAACUGCUCGCUGGGAUCGAGAACCCCGUCGCCGACAUCUUCUCUGGUCCUGUGGUUCGCGGUGGGGUCGAAAAAAAUCUCAAUCAGCACAACCUCUGGAGCUCACAAAACGCCUUCACCGAUCUUGCCUCUCCGCCGUUGGCCAGCGCGUUGCCCCCCCGUGUGGGACCGGCCAAUGAGGCUCUGGCGGGCUCUGAGCCUCAAAGGCGAACUCACUUGGAAUGUUCUGUGGGGUAACGAGCGGUCAGCCGAUGCCCCAAUCACCACCAUACCUGCAGGCUCUUUUGGCGCCCACGAUCUGAAAAUAGCUGCCGUCCAUGCAGGCCACCAGACUCUCGCCCAAGGCCAGAAAAGGUUUUCGCUUCAUGUUUGACAUGCAACCGCGCGAUGCCUAAAUAUAACCUUGUUUCAACCUCCAUGUACGGCUUGAAAGGAUUGGAGGGGAUGGGUGAGUGCCUUGACAGGCGGUCAUUGUUUGCCUACUGAGGGCAAUGCUUUCAUGAAGGUGCAGCAGAAAAGCUUAAAUCCAAUUCUGUUGAUCACAACUUAAUCCAUUUUAUCUGUAUCUCAACUACAUUCCCAUCAACGCCAAUAAAUAAAUCAUCAGUCGUUAUUGGUAUGAAGAUGGAGUGCUUGCCUGCCCUCACCGCUAUAAUCGAGACCAGCCGAACCAAAAAAAAUCAAAGGUCAAUGUUAGGAGGGGGAAAAAAAAAGGAAGGAAAAGAAAAGAAAAAGGGUGCACCGCACAGGAAAUCUUCGAAAUUCUGCUUUAAUCUUCUCGCACCAACACCUGGACAACGGCGUCACCAUCGGGAACAGGCAAGAAGUAAUCCUUCUUGGGCACCACAUCCCUCACCGUUGUCUCAAAGAGUUCAAUCCUUCCCCCAAAUCUCCUGAUUAGACUUGAGAUUAUGAGGUAUAAUUCGGCAUAUGCGAGGCUAUACGUAUUCGAAUACCACAUCAGCUAUCACUUUCAGCCGAUUCGAAUGUGCUAUGUCUGUUGUGAAGGGGGAAAGGGGGAGAAUAAGAGAGCGUACUUGAUACCGAUACAUUGCCGCGAGCCCUUAGAGAAAGUCAUUAGAUACGGAUCUAGAUGUCUAUGUCGUUUCCCGUCCUGA